AUGGCAGAUGAAAAACCAAAGGAGGGUGUUAAGACGGAGAACAACGAGCACAUCAACCUGAAGGUGGCGGGGCAAGAUGGGUCUGUGGUGCAGUUCAAAAUCAAGAGGCACACUCCACUCAAUAAACUCAUGAAAGCCUACUGUGAACGACAGGGGUUGUCCAUGAGUCAAAUAAGGUUUAGAUUUGAUGGACAGCCCAUUAAUGAAACAGAUACCCCGUCACAGCUCGAAAUGGAGGACGAAGACACAAUCGAUGUGUUCCAACAGCAAACGGGGGGAUCUUUACUUUGA